AUGAUUCAUCACCAGCCGCCGCCUGGCUACACGACGCCGCCCUUUCCUAGCUUAACAUGGGAGAUCCUCGACCCGACGGAGAGAAAGGAGCGGUCCUUGUUUUACAUCAGUGAUAUAUGGAGGUUCACGCUGCUAUGGACGCUCAUCAUUUACGCCAUCUUCCACCUUGCCUCUGCCAGCAUCGCAGUCGUGAUGCACGGUCAUAAGAGGUCUGCGUGGAAGUAUCUCUGGAUCGUCCCUGUCGCCUAUUUGUUUGUGGCAGGAGCUCAAGGUCUUGUUGCAGGGAGCGUGGUCGGACUGAUGCUCGGUGCCGUUUACAACGCAGGCUAUUUCUCGAUGUCCCCGUGGAUCCCCUUCGCCUGGGGCUGGAUCAACGUCCUCGUCCUAGUCAUAUCGUCGUUUUCAAUUCAAGGCGGUCUAUGA